UGCCAGAAACAUUUUUGAUAGCUGUCAAAAAAAAUUCAAAAGUUCGCAAAAGUUAAUUACAAUUUGAAAUAACUCCUUAACGAUAAUGCUAAAUUAAGUUUUUAGCUCCGCGAUUUCAAAGUUGCCGCUCUAACGAGAUUUCAACCGGAGACGCACGAACCGUUCCUUCGUCAAUAAACGGCGUUCAUUGUGGCGGGCGCGGCCAUAUUGGUAAUUCGCGAUACGAGAGCCGUUUUGUGAGUGUAGUGUCGUGAAAUUCAAUCCAAAAUCAUCUCAAAAUGUCUGAAAGAGAAGAUAACGUGUACAAGGCUAAACUGGCCGAACAGGCAGAGAGAUACGAUGAAAUGGUGGAGGCUAUGAAAAAGGUGGCCAAGUUAGAUCUGGAAUUGACCGUGGAAGAACGCAAUCUCCUCUCCGUCGCCUACAAGAAUGUGAUCGGGGCUCGCAGGGCGUCCUGGAGGAUAAUAUCCUCCAUCGAACAAAAAGAGGAAUCCAAAGCCACCGACGACAAAUUAGAAAUGAUUAGGGCGUAUAGACAACAGGUUGAAAAGGAAUUGAGGGAAAUAUGCUCAGACAUUCUCGGAGUUUUGGAUAAACACUUAAUUCCAGCCGCUUCCACGGGAGAAAGCAAAGUAUUUUACUACAAAAUGAAGGGUGAUUAUCACAGAUACUUGGCGGAGUUUGCUACAGGGGCCGACCGUAAAGAUGCCGCAGAACACUCGUUAGUUGCGUACAAGAGCGCAAGUGACAUUGCCACAACAGAAUUACCUCCCACGCAUCCAAUCAGGCUGGGUUUGGCCUUAAACUUCUCAGUGUUCUACUACGAAAUCCUCAACAGUCCGGACAGGGCGUGUCGCCUGGCCAAGGCCGCCUUCGAUGACGCCAUCGCCGAAUUGGACACGUUGAGCGAGGAGAGCUACAAAGACAGCACACUCAUCAUGCAGCUGCUCAGGGACAAUCUGACGUUGUGGACCAGCGAUAUGCAGGGCGACGGAGAGGCGGAACCCAAAGAACAACUCCAGGACGUCGAGGAUCAGGAUAUAUCAUAACUUUAACGCGCUCCUUGGUCUCCCUCCGGCAGGGAAGCUCCUAUAUAAAUACUGAACUGUCGAGUGCUGUGUUGUAGUAGUGCUGGGCGCGGUUAACCUCAAAAAAAAUCACUACUAUGGGAGCUAGCACUAGCUUCGAGGUCAAUUUUCUAUUUUGUUUUUAAUAUAUGUCAAUGCAAAUAACUUGAAUUUUUAAAAAAUUCUCUCACACAUACCCUCGGUUUUUUAUAAUAUGCUUUGAAAUAAAUUUUUCUCCGAGACAAACUAGAAAGUUAACCAAAAAACUUCCGCGCCCCUUAAGUGCAUGAGGGUUUAUGUAUAGACCCUGGUACAUACUGUAUUAUUAUUAUUAUUAAUAUUAUAAUUAGCUGUAACUCUGUUUUUAUUAGUCUCUUUUCGAGCAAAGGGUUAUUCAUGGUAGGAUACUACAAACUUGGUUUCGCCUGUAUUUAUUUGUUAAAAAUUAUUUUUUUUUUAAAUUAAUUAGAAAGUUGUACAAUUUUUUUAAGAAUAUACAGGGUCCUGCAAAAGUACGUCGGGCAUCUGUAGCUCCUAUAAUAAAAAAGACUUUGGAUUUUUUUUAAGUGCGAACCUAAAGUAGGUUCUAGGAUUUAUUUCAUGAAAAUAUAUUAACUUCUGCAGAGCGGAUCUAGAUGAAAAUGUGCAUGAAAAUUUACUUCCUAGUACACAACGGAGGAUAUUACCGGUAUAGUAUCAAGUUUAUUAUGAUUUUUUAGCUUAAAAUUAAAUGAUUUUUGGUGAUGCACGAUCGUGCAUCCUUACCACUUUUCGUCUCGCUAGCUCGUGUGUCACGACCUUGAAUUUUUACUCCCAUCGUGCGUAAAGAAGUUUCCAAAAAAAUAUUAAAAUGUGUCCUGAACUUAUGUCUCUGGAUUCAUAAAAACAUUUAAUAAUAUAUUGGGACUAUGUAAAAUGAUAAGAAGGAAGCCAAAAAUGCAAUAAUAUACAGGGUAUACCAUUUAAAAUAUAUCAUUCUGAUCUACUGACACUUUUUCAGCUAAUUUUUCUCAAAUGCGUCCUAGUACAUACUUUAGGUAUGCACUUAAACAAAAUUACUAAGUUUUUUUAGUAUAGGAGGUACAGAUGCCCUACGCAAUAUUGCUAGGCCCUGUACAGCAUGUCAAACAUGAAUCAAAAGACUUGAAAAAAAUAUCCUACCAUGGUUAGCUGAAAAAGUCUUUUUAUCUUACAGGUAUGGUCUCAAAUGAAUGAAUGCGUGUAGAUGUUGAUGAACGAACCAUAAUUGAUGCGGUGAAAAAUGAUCUUAGGAAAACUAUCGCUUAGAUUGAGAAAAAAAAUCUUUUUACCUCCUAAUUUAUAUUUUUAUUUUAGCCUCUGAAAUAGAAAUAUCAAAACGACGAAUGGGUUAAACUUUUUGAAAGGUUAUUAUUGUAGGAAGUUGGCUUUUAAAGAAAAAGUUACAUUAAAAUUGUAUAGCGCGACCUGAAAUGAUUGAAAUAGUUCGCUUUCAGCUGUUAGCAAUGCCCAGGCAGCGGAAAAAUUGACAGUUGUUCGACAACAAGCAAAAAUGAACAUUUAAUGAUUAACUGAAUAUUAUAAGUAAUUUAUUUUGUCUUUUAUUUUAACUGCCGUGUCGAAAAUAAAGCGUGAUUAUGUUAGGAUUUCUUUUCUAUGUUUAGCAUUAUAAUUGUAUUGAAAAAUACUAUUUUUUACAUCGAGAAAUAUAUAGAUUUGACAAAUAAUAACAAAGUUAAAACUAGGUAAAUUUACAGGAAGGAAAGGAAAAGUCAAAAAAUUUGACAUAAUUGGCCGGAAUUUUAGUAUCAGUACCAAUCACUAAAAAAUCUUUCAACACAGUAUUGCCAACUAUUACAAUGAUCGCGGAUCGCCCUUUGUAUGUUAAAAGUUAAAUGUUGCGACAGUAAAGCAGACCAUGCACUACAGAGCAACAAGUUUCUUAGUGUGUUUAUUUGUUGAUGAACAUGUUGCUAAGCAUGUAGGCCAACAUGUUCUGUAGUGUGUGGUCUGCUUAAGUCUUGUUUAAUAUUUUAACAGAUAGAUAGGGAAAAAUAGACCAGUUGUGACCAAAUUCGAUAAUAAAAAUACAUAUAGUUCGUCCAAAGUCGAUUGAAAUAGGGUGGGCCUCAGUUUUUGUCUGGACAAAUAAAUUAAAAGUCUCACAGUGUUUCCAAUUGACUUUAGAAUUACUAUACCACCAAUAUAAUGCUUAUCCAACGUAUUUUCUACAUAAACAUUCUCCUGUCGCGCGAACUCAAGUAUAGUCUUACAUUUUUCCAUAUAAUAUUAAAAAAAACUUGUAUAACUGUACCCUACAAAUAUUUAAAAGAAAUUCCUAGUGGUAGAGACACACAAAAACACUUGUUUGUAUACGGGGUGGUCAGUUGUAGCCGGGAAACUUUGGUAACAUAUUUUGCAGAUUAAAAUAAGUAAAAAAGUUUGUGUAAGUUCAUGUAAAAUGCUUCAUUUCAGAGAUACAGGGUGUAGAAGUUUCAUAUUUAUUUCUCGAUGAUUUUUUUCAAAUAAUUUCUGAAUUAACGUGGAUAUUUGGAUGAAAAUUGGUUUGUGGGUGUUUUUUUACAUGAGAAAUUCGACUUCGAUUGUACUUUUCUUUUGUAGGUGUAUUGCACUCCUUCAAAACAGUUAAAAAACAUGUAGCUGACACCCCCUACAUAAAAGAGUCAUUGACAUCGAGUUUGUCAUGUCAAGAAACACCUAGGCAUUAACUUUCAUUCAAAUAUCAACGUUAGUUGAAAAAUCACUUAGAAAAAAUCUAAAUAAAAAUGGAACCCUGAAUCUCUGAAAGAAGCAUAUUAGGGCAUAAAUUUAUAAGAACUUUUUUUAUUAAUUUUUAUCUGCGGAAUAUGCUGUCAAAGUUUCACGAAUACAAUUCGGACCACCCUGUAUUUUAUACAGCCUCGUAUCCUGUUUGUUUUUUUCUAGCUGUUUGUAUUUAUAAGUCAGUAUUUUAUAUUUUUUUGAGAGAGAUUGGAAUUUUGAAUUACGCGCAUAAUAUAUAUCCGUACAAAAAGGCAUUCCGUUUUUAGCAUUUUUUUUUCUUAUUAAAUGUACUUAAAUGAACAUAAAAGAAGCUGUCAAAAUAAGUAGAAAUAAAAGGACAGACAGAUAUACAUACUACUUUUUGUUACUAGAUUUUUUUUGUAAAUCAAAAUGCGGAUUCUGCGCGAGUCUGUCAUUAAAAAGUUGUUACUUAUUAUAGUGUAAUUUAUUUUUUUGUACUUACAUUUUUUCUUACGGCAUUUUUCUCUCGUUUAGAAUUAAAUUUGUUCCGUUUUUUAUUUUUUUGCUGUUGAAUAUUUUUGUCGAUAUUUUUAUUUUUGCAUUACUUGAUGUGCGUAUGGAUGUAACAAGCUGUGUAGAUUGAUAUAAAUAAAUUGAUGUAUUAUUAUAAAAUUAUUUAAA